AUGGCGCGGAAAAGACGUGCUGAUGACGCGUAUGAUGGCGGCUCGUACUAUCGCGCACCAAAGCAGUCGCAAGCCCCCGAUGCAACCCAAGGAUACAGCCAGCAGCAUUACAACUACCUAUUCUACGGCGCUUUAGAUGACAAAAUCGUCGGCGUGAGGUACUACAAUGGAUAUGCUACCGAAGGAGAAACGGUGGUGCUGCGCAGAGAACCACACAACCAAUACGACGCAAACGCCAUCUGUGUCGAUAACGUCCGGGGAGAGCAAAUCGGCCAUAUCCCAAGAGGACUGGCAGCCAAGUUGGCGAAAUACAUGGAUGAUUGCAGUCUGCUGAUUGAUGCCCGAAUCACGGGAUACAAAGGUUACUACGAGUGUCCCAUUGAGCUCCUGCUCUACGGAACAGACGAUCCUGUACAGCGCCAGCAGCUCAUGGCUAGGAUGAAGAAGGACAGACUACCCGUCGGACCCAAAGAGGCCACCAAACGAACGAAGAAGAAGGAUGCGAAGGCCGUGGGGCCGAUUGAAGGUCCAGAGGCCAGCAUGGCCGAGUUUGCUGCGGGCUUGCCGCCGGCUGAUCCUUCGUUGACGGGGCCUAGUCUAGAGGAUAUUAUUCUCGGAAGCGAGCGAUUUGAUCCCAGAAACAUUGAGGAAUUCGUUGAGGAGUUUGGGGUUAAGUAG